AUGUGGCGAUGCGUCGGUAGUCUCUUCCUCCUCGCGCCCCUGAGCUCUGCUGUCCAUGCUGCGUACCUCACGACAACCGUCACGAAACAAGUGGCCCCGACCACGUCCAGCGACCCCUUAGCCGACGCGGCCCCGACAACAGCCACAGCCCCGUCAGCUGCUGCCCCGGCGACGAGUCCCAGUAGCAGUGGCACUAGUGCUGGCGAGUGGCACAUGACGGCUGUCACGUCGGUGCAAGCGCGUGUCCAGGGCGACGCGCCCGUGUGGAACGAAGCCGCCAAGAUGUGGCUGUCCAAGUUUGGUGACACGACGGAGCUCGCGUACAUGAACAACUUGGACACUGUCAACACGGCGUCCGUCGAGGGCGCGCUGAUGUUCGUCCAAGCGGAAGGCAUCAACGUGAACGAGCAGUCGGUCAAGUGCCAGCGCAAGAACAACAUGCAGUACGUCGUGUUCUACGAAGUGACGAUCGUGCAGCCGACGUACGGGAUCAAGUACUACGAGAAGCACACGCCGCCAGAGUACGGCGAGUUCGUGGCCAUGGACGGCGCCAAGUGCACGGACGAAGGCAGUGACUUGAGCGAGCACUGCAAAGUGUACUACGGCCUCGACGGGACGGUCGACGUUGGUCCAAUGGUAGGCGCGAACCUGCAGACAGCGGACCCGCGGGCGCCGUACCCUGGCAACUACUGGUUCUCGUACCCGAACUCGUGCGCGCAGAAGCUGCGGGCGGACAAGACGGACGAGUGUCGAGCCGAGUACCCCGGCGGGUUGUGUGCCAUGGGCGUCCAGCCCGACGGCGACAACUGCACGUUCAGCUACAAGAUUCUCGGCUACCUAAACAUCGACGACCUGGUCGGGAUCACGGAGAUGGGCUACGGCAACUACACGGACUUUUGUGCGGACGGCGGUGUGGAGUUCAAGGCGUCAAACACGGGCAGCGGCUUUGACGUGGAGGAGGCGAUCGAGUUCUGGCAAAACCCCAGCGACAAAGACGCGAAUGCCGAGCGGGCGGAAAAGAUGGUGGCAAUGUACAACGAGCUCGUGAGCAAUGGCACGAGCUCCAACACGAUGCCGCUGCCGUCCGUGGAGACGCUCACAGCAGCGAACCCCAAGUGUUACCUGAACAGUGCCAAGUGCGCCAGUGCCGAGUUCGGCUGCAGUCGGUCGCUGUACUCACAGAUUUGCUCGAUCUGUACGUCAUCGGGCAGUUGCGACGCGGCUUCUUCGGCGUUCCCGGACCUAAAGCUGCCUACGAACUCGUCGUCGUCUUCUUCGUCGGACGGGAGCUCUGCGUCCAGAUUGGCGGGCGCUGGUUCGGCAGACGGCACCGCUGAGUCUGGAACGACCACGGACGACGCGUCAUCUCCCCCACGCGAGGGCGGCAACACCAGCAGUGGCGCCAUUGCAGUGGCAGCAACGUCGAGCAUUGUGGCGCUCGUGGCGCUUGUCACCAGCAGCUUGUUGUAA